UCAACUGGCGGUCAACGAGGGGUUGUUGAGUCAGCGCAGUAUAGCAGAUGUGAUAGCGAUAGGCAGGAAAAUUGUUGGCCAUUUUAAGCAUUCACCGCUUGCCUAUGCGCGCCUACAAUCUAUCCAAGAACAGUUCGGAAUGCCACAAAAACGUUUCCAACAAGAUGUGAGCACAAGGUGGAACAGUACAUAUUAUAUGCUGGAAAGCCUUUUUGCGCAAAAGCGAGUCUUGGCUACAUACAUAGCAGAUCAUGACCUGCCCGCGACAUUCACCGCACACCAGUGGGUGUUAAUCGAGAACGUUCUCUCUCUUCUCGCCCCCUUUGAGCAGAUAACAAAAGAGAUAAGCUCAUCUGAUGCAUCUGUGGCAGACGUCAUACCCUUACUUGCAGCAUUAAAGCGUCUUUUAAACAAAGAGGCUGAAACAGACCACGGAGUGAAAACAACUAAAAGUGCGCUCUUAGAAGCUGUCAGCACACGAUUUAGUCAGGCGGACUCAGAACCCCUGUACUGCAUCGCGACUGUGCUUGAUCCACGAUAUAAAGAUCAUUACUUGGAUGUGGGGAAAAAGAUGCGCACACGAGAAAUGAUCCAGGCCAAGUUGGAUUUGGGAAAGCCGCUAGGUGAUGGAGACGGUCAGGUGAUGCACAGCGCAGGAGAUGAAAACAGCGCAGAGAGUAAACGGGCUCGUACUACAGAUGAGCCGCGCACAGUCUCGCUGUCUGACAUGUUCGAUGAGAUCCUCCAAGAGAAUAACCCAUUUGCAAGACAGAGGACAAGCUCGACCGCUCAACAGUUAGAUGGGUAUCUCUCAGAAGUCCCCAUCCCCAGGAGCAAUAACCCUCUCGAAUUUUGGAGGACCAAUCAAGGCCGCUUUCCCGACCUGGCGCAGAUGGCACGCAGGUACUUGUCUGCUCCAUGCACAAGCACCGACAGUGAGAGACUGUUUAGUGCUGCAUCUCAUGUCAUCGAUGAGAAGAGGAACCGACUUUCAUGUGAGAAAGCAGAGAAACUACUUUUCAUAAAGAAGAACCUGCCACUUUUCCUGAAGAAGUAGGCUAAGUAGGCUUAUGUCUAGGACAGUUAUUCAUUUGUUGUGGGUUCAUCCACCUUUUUUGCACUAUUCAAUGCACAUUUGUUGUUGUAGACAUACAGAGUUACAUUCUUUCAGCAGUCAGUUAUAGGCCUAACAUAGGCUAUUCAAGAAAAGGGCU